AUGGCGAAAAGUCCAAAGAAGAAUACAGCUUAUAUAAAUACAAAAGGUGCUAAGGCACCAGGGAAGACAAUUCUUCCCAGAAACAAAUUUCAACAACAACAAAGAAGGUUUAGUUUGAUUGAUUCAGACUCAUCGUCUGCGUUAAGUGAGUUUGAAAGUGAAGAUGAGGAAGAACCAGCAAAUCACAACAAUAAUAAAGACAACAACAACCAUCAAUUUCAUGGUAACAAAUUCCAUGCUAUAGAAUCAGAAAGUGAUGAUGACGAUGGUGAUAAUGAUAAUGAUAAUGAUAGUGAAUCCACUAAUGAUGAAAUUUGGAAAAAUCAUUCUAAAAAAGUUGUAAAUACUUCAAGCACAUCAAGUGAAGGUGAAAAUAAUGAUGAGGAGGAAGAAGAGGAAGAUUCGGAUGAUUCAAGUUCUUCUGAUGAUGAAGAUGUUGAUUUUGUUAAAUUGACAGCUGAAAGAAAAGCAAGAUCAUUAGAGCAAUUUAGAAGUAAUAGUCCUUUUAAGGCAUCAUCUCCCACAAAGGAAGCUAAACAAGAGGAUGAUGUUGAUUUCUCAUUUAAUUUCAACAAUGAUGAUCAUAGGUUAAGAAUAGCUAAUGGUAAUGAAGAGGAAGAAGAUGUCGGUGAAGAAUUAAGUGGGUUAGUCUCACCUAUGAAUAGUGGACAUUCUCAAUUGGCAGCUAUCCCUGGUGGUGAUGCAUUACCUUAUCCAACUAUUGAAGAUUCUUCAGAAUCUGAUGAUGAUAUAGAUAAGGAUGAAUUAUUACGUACUUUGGAACAAGAUAGUGACGGAGUUGAUGGUGGGUUUGGCACUGGUGAUGAUGAAUACAACUUGUUAAGAGAAGAAGCUGAUAAUAUCCUAAAUGAAUAUGAUGGAAACGAAUUAAUGUUAAGUUCAAAUAACGCCACUCCUAGAAAUUCUGUUGUUGAAGAUAUGAUCAAUAAACACAAAGCUGAAGUUAAUCAUCAAGAAGUUUUACAAUUUGUUUCAGAUGAUGAAUAUGCCGAUGAUGAUGAUGAUUAUGAUGAUGACGAUGACUAUAAUGAAGAUUUCAUUGUCCCAUUUUUUGAUGAUUCUGUUUUCAAGGAACAAUUAUAUACAAAUGGGAAUGUUGCAAACAAUAAACAAAAAGAAUUAGAUAGUGAUGAUGAUUCUUAUCUUUGGGAUUAUUUCUUCAGUUCCGGUGAAGAAAAUGAUGAAGAACAAGAAGAUAACAGUAACAAUCACUUUAGUGACGAUGAAGCAACUGAUGAAGAUACAACAUUACCACCGCCAUCAUCAAGAAAAAAAAUUGGUGCAAAAGCUCAAGAAUUAUUAUCAUCGUCUUCAGUCACAGCCAGACCUCCAGCUUUAGGUACAUGGUCUACUGAUUCCAAACCAUUUGGUAUUAUUGAUGGUCUUUCCACAAGAUCUUUAUUACCAGGUCAAAAUAGAUCUGGAAACAAUGCAUCGGUUUCAAAUCAACAACAUCAUAAUAAUCAACAAUUACAACAUAACAAGAAUGCACCAAGUACACCAAUAUCUUCAACAACCAACAACAUUGAAGAAUUAACUCUUGAUGAGUUAUUAAACAUGAGUGAAUUGGAAGAUGAUAACGAUGAAGAACAAUUGAAUCAUCAAGAUUGGUUAGAAGUCACUGGAUCUAAUAGAAAAGUUCCAUUAUCUGCUUUUAGAAAUAAAGGUGUUGUGAAUGAUAAUUCUCAUUUAAAUGCUACCCGUCGGUUUUCAUCAUCAAAUCCAGGAAGUGGUGGUAAAAAAUUAAAUAAAAAAUUGGGUAGAAAAAUUAAUGAGAUUACAAUGACCCCUGUUAGAACUGUUAAUAAGUCAUCUAAACAAAAAAGAAGAAAUUCUAAAUUGAGAAGACGUCAAAGUAUGGCUGAAGCUGCAGUUGAAGGGUUAAGAGUUACUAAAAGUGGGCUAUUUAGUGAAGAUACUUUAACUAAUGUUGAAGAAUUUUUAAGUGGAUUAGGGAGUGAAGCUGAACUUAGUGUUCUUUUUCGUGAAAUUCAAUAA